AUGGCAGUAUCAGAGAGCAAGAUAGCGAAAGAACUUGCUGAUUCAUAUGAAUUGCUGUUAGAAUUGGUGAGAGAUUUAUUACCUAUACAGGAUCAACUUGAUAUAGAUAUCAAUCCCAUUUUAGAAGCAAAACUUAGAAGAGAUAAAGCCUCUUCAGAUAAAUUAAUUAGAUUAUUUAAUUUGCUUUUAUGCUUAGAAGAUGAUAUAGCGAUAAUUCAGGAAGAACUUGGUAUUGUUGGUUAUAUUAAUCAAGAAAUGGCAGAAGAAGCCAAUAAAAAUGCGAGAGUAUACCUCCGAAAGUUUGAAGAAUUUCAUGAUCCCUUAGAAGAUGUUCCAAGUGUAUUAAUACAGAAAUUCAUCAAUAGUAGGAUAAAGAAAUUUUGGUUUACUGGUGAGGGACUACCAUUAUUUCCAAAUGUCUCUCUUCAACGAUUGCAUGAAAUGUUUGUCAAAAAAUCGGCUAGUGCCAAUCAGUGCUCAUGUCUAGAAUCAAAACUGAAGGUUGUCGAAUACCUGAGAUUCAACAAAAUAUUAUAA